GUCUUGUAUGUCAUAUACAUGUUACCACUCAGCUACAUCAAAAAUAUACCAAGUGAUUUUGUAAUGUCAUCGAUGAGUGUACCAGGAACCUUUUGGAGGAUGUCCUCCAUUACAGAAGCAGCUAGGCCACCAUGGCGCUGCUAAUGCGACGUCUAUUCGUAGACGCUCAGGCAAAGCUGCGCAGAAUGGUAGAAGAACAUUCUCUCGAUCUAGCCUCUCGGAUCGACUCCGAUUACCCCAGCACCUCCCCUGGCGGCCCUUUUGGUCCUUUCUCCACCGGCGGAACCGGCUCAACGGCCAGUCCGGAAAGCGACGUGAAGUUAGCGGACGGCAACUUCACUCCGGCGGUACUACCGGAACCACCCGCACAACCUCCACAGCCUCCUAUAAUUUUCUCUGAUUCUUCAAUUACUGUCGGAGGCGGCAAGGAAGCGGCAGUAGGCGCCGUUCAAGACACCAAACUCAACGAUUGUGAUGUAGAUUUUAAUGUAUUACUUAGAGAUAACUCUAGUCGUGUGACCAGCAACUACAAGCCGAAUCGGCACGACUCUAUAGAGUCGAAGAAAAGCAAAUCUUUGUCAGUGGAUCUGAACGAAACUGACAGUGGAUCAAAGAAAGACGUGAAGAAAACUAAGUCGGAUCCAUCCGCGCAAAGGUUGGGUUCUGACGAUACCAAAGAGGAGGGCAAGGAGAGUAACGGAAUGACGGUACAGGACGAAGCGAGUCCUUUAAAGGACAGUCGUUCGUCCCUGGAGACCAGAUCCGAUUCGCCGAAGCCUGGUUGUAGCAGCCAACCAGAUCUAGAUUCGUCUUCCCCCCGAUCCCCCCGCAGUUCAGACGGUGCAACUCGAUGCGCCGAUGACCUAUCAGCCCUUCUCCCUUCCCCGCUGGGCAGCAAAGGCGGUGUAUCAGGGGCAGCCGGAGGGGCAGUGCGACGUCUUCGGGCCGAGAAUGAAAGAUUGCAGGCGGAAGUGACCAGGUUGAGAAGGCUGGUGGUCAGUGGAGCUAGCAAUGUUUUGGCUGACAGGAAACCUCCUGUGGAAGGGGAGACCGCUCCUGCAGGAGAUACAGAUGCAUACAGGUUGGAGAGGGAACUGCAGUUAGCCAAGGAGGCUUUGAUCACGCUGAAAGCAGACAAAAGACGGUUAAAGGCGGAAAAGUUCGACCUACUGAACCAGAUGAAGCAGCUGUAUUUGACGCUGGAAGAUAAAGAAAAGGAAUUGAGGGAAUUCAUAAGGAACUAUGGUCAGAAUGAAUAUCUCGAAAAGGCAUGAAACGACGCGACGGGUUGAUGCAUAGUCUCGAACUCGGAACAUUCAUAAAGGCGAGCGAAUAAUCAAAGCAGUUGGAAAAUUGGAGGAAGGUCAAAGGUCAC